GUUUACUCGACUACAAGCUGUCGCGAGGUUCCUUCCGGAAGUAGACCCUUCAACUAUACCCCUCGGCGGAAGCAUGUCACAACCUAGCCGUCCACCUUUAGCGGAAGUUCGUCACGGCGCAGUUGCCGCCGCACAGCGGAUGUGUGUCGCCGCUUAAGUGACGCUGGAAAGUGCUUGCAGCCUCCGCCGCUGCUUUCUGGUUGAAGCACUAUGGAGGAAGAGAGGAAGAACAAACGGUGGUAUUUUACUCGAGAACAGCUGGAAAAUAGCCCAUCCCGUCGUUUUGGUCUAGACGCAGAUAAAGAGCUUUCUUAUCGUCAGCAGGCGGCCAAUCUGCUUCAGGACAUGGGGCAACGUCUUUACGUCUCACAAUUGACUAUCAACACUGCGAUUGUAUACAUGCAUCGAUUCUACAUGAUUCAGUCUUUUACACAGUUCCAUCGAAAUUCUGUGGCUCCAGCGGCCUUAUUUCUAGCAGCUAAAGUAGAGGAGCAGCCCAAAAAAUUGGAACACGUCAUCAAGGUAGCACAUGCUUGUCUCCAUCCACAGGAAUCACUUCCUGAUACUAGGAGUGAGGCUUACCUGCAACAAGUUCAAGAUCUGGUGAUAUUAGAAAGCAUAAUUCUGCAGACUUUAGGCUUUGAGCUAACAAUUGAUCACCCACAUACACAUGUGGUAAAGUGCACUCAACUUGUUCGAGCAAGCAAGGACUUAGCACAGACUUCUUACUUCAUGGCAACCAACAGCCUGCAUUUGACCACAUUUAGCCUGCAGUACACACCUCCUGUGGUGGCCUGUGUCUGCAUUCAUCUGGCUUGCAAGUGGUCCAAUUGGGAGAUCCCAGUCUCAACUGAUGGGAAGCACUGGUGGGAGUAUGUUGACGCCACUGUGACCCUGGAACUUUUAGAUGAACUGACACAUGAAUUUCUACAGAUCCUGGAGAAAACCCCCAACAGGCUUAAACGAAUUCGGAAUUGGAGGGCAUGCCAAGCUGCCCAGAAAACAAAAGGCGGUGACCGGGGAGCAGAUGCAAAUACUUCGGAGCAGACAAUCCUCAAUAUGAUUUCCCAGAGCUCUUCAGACACAACUAUUGCAGGUUUAAUGAGCAUGUCAACUUCUUCUACCACAAGUGCAGUGCAUUCCCUUCCAGCUACUGAAGAGUCAUCCAGCAACUUAAGCAGUGUGGAGAUGUUACAGGGCGAGCGUUGGCUGUCCUCCCAACCUCCUUUUAAAAGAGAACCUUCUCAGGGUCAUCGGACUAGUGAGAAUAUAGCACUUACAGGAGUUGAUCAUUUCUUGCAACAGGAUGGUUCAAAUGCAGUUAUUUCCCAGAAGCAGACUAGUAAGAGUGUGCCAUCAGCUAAAGUAUCGCUUAAAGAGUACCGUGCAAAGCAUGCAGAAGAGUUGGCUGCCCAGAAGAGACAACUGGAGAACAUGGAGGCCAAUGUGAAGUCACAGUAUGCAUAUGCUGCCCAGAAUCUCCUGUCUCAACAUGAUAGCCAUUCUUCGGUCAUUCUGAAAAUGCCCAUAGAGGGUUCAGAAAACCCAGAGCGGCCUUUUCUGGAAAAGCCUGACAAAACAGCUCUCAAAAUGAGAAUCCCAGUGGCAAGUGGAGAUAAAGCUGCCUCUUCAAAACCAGAUGAGAUAAAAAUGCGCAUUAAAGUCCAUGCUGCACCUGACAAGCACAAUUCUAUAGAUGACAGUGUCUCAAAAAGUCGAGAGCACAAAGAAAAGCACAAGACUCACCCAUCUAAUCAUCACCAUCAUCAUAAUCACCACUCACACAAGCAUUCUCACUCACAGCUUCCAGCUGGUACUGGGAACAAACGUCCAGGUGAUAUAAAACAGAGUAGCCAGACAAGCGCUUUAGCACACAAAGCUUACAGCUUGACUAGUUCGUUCUCCUCUUCCAGUUCUACUCGUAAAAGGGGUCCCCCUGAAGAUACUGGAGGGGCAAUGUUUGAUCAUCCAGCCAAGAUUGCCAAGAGUACUAAAUCCUCUUCCAUAAAUUUCUCCUUCCCUCCUCUUCCUUCAAUGGCCCAGUUGCCUGGGCAUAGCUCAGACACAAGUAGCCUUCAUUUUUCACAGCCCAGCUGUAAAUCUCGAGUUCCUCAUAUGAAACUGGAUAAAGGCCCUGCUGGGGCCAAUGGUCACAAUACAACCCAGACAAUAGACUAUCAAGAUACUGUGAAUAUGCUUCACUCCCUUCUCAAUGCCCAGGGUGUUCAACCCACUCAGCCUCCUGCAUUUGAAUUUGUUCAUUCUUAUGGUGAAUAUCUAAAUCCACGGGCUGGUGGAAUGUCCUCCAGAUCUGGCAAUACAGACAAACCCCGGCUACCACCUCUACCUUCAGAACCUCCUCCACCACUUCCGCCCCUUCCUAAGUGAAUAAAAGAGAAGAGGAGGAGAAAGAUCUUCUUUAAAAACACGUUUUUUUUGUUUUUUUUUUUAAACUACUGAUUCUGGACUAAGAAAAUUACUUCCCUAAUGAAAUAUGUCUCCCUUCUUGGACUAGGGAAUAAAUUAACAUUGAGACAUAGGUGGGAGGAUGGUGGAUGGCCUUGGUUAUUAUAUCUGCUGCCUCAGAAAUGUAACUAUUUUAUUAUAGUUUUUACUGGUAUUAGAGAGGUGAGAAUGUGAUGAAGCUGUGAAAGAUUAAGAAUACUUUCUUUAUUCUUGGCCUCUCCACCUCCUAAUUAGGUUGAUUAGAGUUGAUAUCUUCCCUCUUCUUGCCAGGACUGAAAUAUGGAGGGUUUGUUUUAUCAAACAGUUGUGGAUCCUUUCAAUGUUUAAUAUAUCAGAAGAGAGGAAGUAUUUAAACGUCAAAAUCUUUUAAGAGACUUAAAAAAAUAAUUUAAAGAAAGUAAGUUAUCUCUUUAGUUUUUUUUUAUAUAUAAUUGGG